GGAGGGGUUCCUAGAAACCGCCUCCCACUUGAGCGCUGCUCGCUUCUGAUCCAAAUACACACGACGCCUCCAUGUUGGAAAGAGUACAGAGAGAGAGAGAGAGAGAGGAGGGGGAUACAAUUAUAUUUUUGAAAAUGAAGAGAGUUCAAGAAACGGGAUUAUCGGAACUGUUUCAUUUUUCCUAUUGAAACUUGACCGUGGCGAGCGAGUGUUUUUUUUAUUAUUAUUUUUUUCCGUUUCUUCAUUGUUUUCAGUCAACGUCAAUUUUUUUAAAACAAUUUAUUUAUUUAUUUUUUAUUAUGUUGAAUUGAACACUGAUCAGUUUUAAGGCUAGCUCUAGUUGCUAAGCCAGACGUUAGCAACGUUUUCUUCUUCUUCCUUCUUCUUGAGUUCAACGUUGGGAGUUUGUUUUGCCCCAUAAUUGUUCUUUAAAUGUUACUUACUAAAUUGGAAUAUUCCCAGCGAUUGACAAGUGGUUGUAUUUAGUCUUUAAACCACUAGCUAGUUUACAUUUUGCCCCCUCCUGUGUCCCGUCUCAGCUAGUUUUUAGGGCCCGGCUGCCAUUUCAACACAGCUAGCAAAGGCAGCUAACGUUACCCAUUGUGGACUAGGACAAGCAAGUGAAAAAAUAAAACAUUUUUAAAACGAACCAACAAACAAACAACAACAACAACAAAGGAAUUAACCAUCCGUCGCAAUGGAUCACACGUCUAUAAUAACCCAGGUUUCCAACCCCAAAGAAGAGGAGAUUAUCUCGUUUAAUCAGGAAAAAGUCUCCCAGUCCAACAGCAGUGUGAAGAAGCAGAGGAGUCCAGGCAUCUUCAGUACGUUCUUCUGUUGCUUUAGGAACUACAAUGUGGAGCCUCCUGCCUCCAACAACACAACCACCUCCCUGCCUCCAGCACCAGAGGAGAAUGGGACACAACCAAAGUUUGACCAGGUCGAGGUUAUUCCUAUCCCUAGUCCUCCAGCCAAAUUCCUCCUACCAGAGAUGAACAUAUCAGACUAUGGGAAGAAGUGUGUAGUGAUCGACUUGGAUGAGACAUUGGUACACAGCUCAUUCAAGCCCAUUAGCAAUGCUGACUUCAUAGUCCCCGUGGAGAUAGAUGGCACAGUUCAUCAGGUGUACGUGCUGAAGAGACCCCAUGUGGAUGAGUUCCUGCAGAAGAUGGGAGAGCUGUUUGAAUGUGUUCUCUUCACGGCUAGUCUCGCAAAGUAUGCUGACCCUGUGGCGGAUCUUCUGGACCAAUGGGGUGUGUUCCGAGCCCGUCUGUUCCGGGAGUCAUGUGUGUUUCACCGGGGGAACUAUGUUAAGGACCUAAGCAGGCUGGGUAGAGAGCUCAGUAACGUCAUCAUACUGGACAACUCUCCUGCCUCCUACAUCUUCCACCCCGAGAACGCUGUGCCGGUCCAGUCGUGGUUUGAUGAUCUAAGCGACACAGAGCUACAGGACCUGCUGCCCUUCUUCGAGGGCCUGAGCAGAGAGGAAGAGGUGUAUGGUGUGUUGCAGAACCUCCGGGGCAGGUAGCACCAGUGUAACCCCAUCUUCCUCCUCUCUCUCUCUCUCUCUGUAUCUCUCUCUCUUUCUUUCUUUCUUUCUUUCUUUCUUUCUUUUUUUUU